UAUUUUCACUUUCACAACAGACUCUGUAUAUAACCAGCUCCACUGCACACAGAACUAGUUCCUCUCUACAGAACCAGCUCCACUAUACAGAACCAGCGAUGGAUUCCCUGUCCAUGAGAGACUAUAUCAGGAAUUUCAGCCUGGAUGAUGGACCUCAUGGUAAUCAGGGCUACUCCCGGGUUCUCCUGCAGCUCUUCGGUUUCACCGGUCAUGGGAAGUCCUCCUUCAUUAACUCCUGUAAGUACGUGGUGGAUGAUGGAGCCUACACGAUGUACGCUAAGGUGGCCUCAUCAGAGGAGAAGCCAGAGACCAUGAUAAGAAAUGCGUUCGAGCUGACCAGUGCCAUCAGCAUGGUGGACAACAGAGGAUGUGCGAAAAUGAAUAAGAAUGAGACGGGCGAGAUCUACGCUCAGCUGGGUAACUUUCUUCCCCUCGAUUGUGAAGUUAAAUGGCACUCUGAUUUUAAAGACAUGAUGAAUAUACUGCUAAUUGCGGACAUGGAGGAACAAUCUGCAGAUUUCAUAGUUCCUGUGCUUGUUUACAGCGCAAAGAACAAGAUGACCCCUGCAGAAGAAGGCGACCUGAAGGAAAUCCUGAUGAAGGCCUGGGACAUAACAGGCCUGAUCCCCACUGUGGUCAUCACCAAUAAGCUGAGCGAGCAUCUACCAGACACUCAGGAGAAGUUCAGAAGGAUGAGAGUGGAGAACAUCUACCCUGUGGAGAAUUACACCAAGGAGGAUCACCGGAAAACCCGAGGGAAACAUGAGACGUUGCUUCAGUGUCUGUCUGCAAUCACCAAAGAUGUUGAGUUCCGGAUGACAGAGACACGAGAUCCAAAACAGGAGAAAUUGGCGAGGAAGAGAAUCUUGUAUGAAUUUGCUCAUAAGAGGGACAUGGAGAAAGUGCAGGAAGAGGAGAGUCGCAGAAGGAGGGAAGAAUUGAGCAGAGCGCAGGAACGGGAGAACCAAGAGCGCGCAAGAAGGGAAGAACUGGCGAGAGAAUUAGAACGGAGACCUGCAGAAUCCUGUGCACUUCAGUAAAGUGUGCGCCAGCCUGUGACACGUCUUAGAGGGAGAUUCUGUCUUAUACAGAGUACAUUCCAUCAAAUCACAAAAUGUUGACAGUUCAAGAGAACAGAUUUUACAUCUUAUUAAUACAAUUAUUGUCCCCAAAAUUGCAGACAUCUGCAUAUACUGUAUGCCUGAUAUGUGGGAUUGUAAGCUCCUCAGGGGCGGGGACUGAUGUGAAUCAAAAUAAAGACAUGUACAAAAUA